AUGUCUGCCACCGAGGAAAACGAUGCUGAGAAUAAAAUGAAAAAGCGCGAUGAUAGAACCAUUCCUCCUCUCUUUGCAAACAAGCGAUUCUUCCUCGCUUUUAACAUUCCAAAGCGCGAAAACUUCAAGCGAAACUUACAGGCACAUUCCGGUGUCAUUGUAAAACUGGAGAAAGAUGCCGAUAUUAUUCUUCUCAAGGACCUAAAAGCGCCCAACGUCCAAGCAGAUACGUGCGUGUUCUAA